AUAACAGGGUAACACGUAUAUCUUUCUUUCUUCCCCUUUGGUCAUAAUCCUUCAUCGCCCUCUUUCACUACUAUGAAUUUGCACUUCCAAUUGGAUUUACUUUGGGGUAGUAAACAGUGAGCGGUGAGUCGGUUGCAUCAAAGGGUCUCUCAAAAUCGAAGAAAAUGGGAAGAAUCUUUGCAGUGGAGCUGGAGGGUAGGUCAUAUGGUUGCAAGUCUUGCAAAACCCACCUGGCACUCGCAGAUGAUCUCAUCUCUCGGGGAUUUUAUUGCCAGCGGGGAAAAGCAUACCUCUUCAAUAAUGUUGUGAACUUCACAAUUGGAGAGCUAGAGGAAAGGGCGAUGCUUUCAGGAUUGCACACCGUGGCAGAUAUUUUUUGCUGUUGCUGUGGACAAAUAAUCGGCUGGAAAUAUGAAUCUGCUCAUGAGAAGAGCCAAAAGUAUAAAGAGGGGAAGUUUGUUCUUGAAAGAGGAAGGAUUGUUGAUGAAAUUGAUUUCUCCACUGAAUUCCGCGUGGACAGCUGUAUCAGCAUGAGUGAUUCUGAAGAUGCUUAAGCAUAUUAAAAUCAUCUGUACUUGUUGAAUCAGGUGAAAGAAGCGUUGUUGUGUUAUGUGAAAAAUAAGGUAGAACCAUGAAUGUGUUCAGAGUCAGAAUAAGAGUGAGUUUUUCUUUUUUACAAUUUGUUUGUUGUAGUAGUAGUAGUAAAUAGAAUGUAGAGUUCUCAAUGGUGUGUAAUGUCAGUGGACAGAAGGAAAUGAAACCAUUUGUUUCAGAUUUGCCCCUAGCUCUUUUUCAAACAGAGGCGAGGCUAGAAAUGUAACUUAAUUUUUUUUCUUUUUAUUAUAUAAGAAUCUAAUUUUGUU